AAGGUGUUAUUGAAGAUCAAGGUUUCCAUUAAAUUGGAGGCCAUGACACCACUACACGACACUUAAAAAUUAAAAUAACGAUGCUCCUCAUUGAAAUUGUGAAGUUCUUGACACUGGUUGCAAUGUGUGAAGCGAUGACAAUGAAACAAAUCAGGAACACCGGAAAAAUGAUGAGGAAGUCAUGUCAACCAAAGAAUAAUGUUGCAGAUGAACAAAUCGACCCUAUCGCCGAAGGUGUAUUUAACGAAGACAAAGAAGUUAAGUGCUACAUGGCUUGCAUCAUGAAAAUGGCUAACACGAUAAAAAAUGGGAAAUUAAAUUACGAAGCGGCUAUAAAGCAAGCUGAUUUGUUACUACCCGAUGAUAUCAAGGAGCCUGCCAAGGAGGCCAUUACAGCUUGCAGAAAAGUUGCGGAUGCCUACAAGGAUAUUUGCGACGCCUCGUUUCAUAUCACCAAAUGUAUCUACACUCAGAAUCCUGGAAUAUUUUACUUCCCUUGAAGAAUUAACAGCUAUUUUAAGACUUGUAAUUAAAUUAAAAAUAAAGAAU